AUGACAGAAGGCCUUGUUGAUUAUAUCAGUAACAACCAAGAGAAAGUUCUUCUGAUCUUUGACGGCUACGACGAAUAUCGCAUUGGACGCAACUCAGAAAUAUACGAGAUUUUUAGUGGAAAUAGCCUGAGAAGCUGCUGCGUAUUAAUUACAACUCGUAUUUCCAAAGCUGACGAGCUACGAGGAGGUGAAGACCUGCAUGCUGAAAUCACAGGGUUCAGCGAAGUAGACAGAGAAGAAUUUAUGCGAAGAUUUCUUGAUAGCGAGGGAGUGUCAAACUUGCAAGAUCACUUGGAGAGGAGAAAUUUGGAGGAACUGGCUAAAGUCCCCUUACUUCUCCUGUUUUUCUGUACGUUGUGGAAAAGGGGACAGUCAAAACACUUUCCAAAGACUAAAACUAGUUUAUAUAUCGCUAUUGUCCAAUUUAUUUUAGACCACAACCAGAGUGAGCAAUCACUACCUGGAUAUCAUGAAGUGGCUUCUUUUAAAGAAAUCCUCUGUGAAAUAGGGAAAGUUGCUUUACAAGGUCUUCUGAAGGAUGAUCAUUUGUUUGAAUACAGUCAGUUAUCCGAUUCUGUCCGUUGUGAUGAAAGCGUCUUUAUCGGUUUGCUUCAAAUCACUGAUUACACAGAAGCCUUACGACCCGUUGGAAUGGUCUCGUUUAUUCACAAGAGCAUACAGGAGUUUCUGGCUGCAUGGUACAUCACCUACAGAUGUUUACUUGAAGGCGGAAAUCUUGGUGAAAUUGCAAAGAAAUUCGAGGAGUGCAUGGCUUUAGAGAAUGUUUUCCCAUUUCUAUGUGGCUUGAGUCGAAAUGGAGCAUUAGCGACUUUCAGGCACUUGAAGUCUGUCAGAAUGUCAGAUCCUUUGCUGGAUUUAUCCAAGACAGUUCCGGACGAAGAAAGCGAGACAGAUGCGCCACUGAGUGACGUCACUGAUCGUCAGAGGAAAUUCAGCGAUUUGGUUUCAAAUGCAUUUGAAGAGGUUGAAUUGAAAGGGGAGCUUUCCAGGGCUUGCUUGGAUUCGCUUGGGAGUAUCCUUCUUGUUUCAGAGUCAUUCCCUGAUUACCUCUUGGUAGAUACGAUUGACACAAACACGUGGUCUUUGGUUUCGAAUGAAAGUCACGGAUAUUUUGGCCACAGACCAUCAACAAUCUUGAGACUUUAUGAGAUCGUUAAAAAACUGAUUACCGAAGGUUCUGAAGUUCUCAAGGUUGCAGAAUUUUUAGAAAAAUUCGUGCAUGUAUUUGAUUGUCGUAGGUGUGACUUUUCCUUUGUACUUUGUUUCCGUAAUGGCCAGGUCCACUUAUACAUCACACACGUGACGCAUCUGUGUUGCGAGAACCACGCCAGACUAAUCGCUGACAAUGUUGUUUCUUCUCAUUCAGAACAUCAAAGUUCACGACAUUUAAGUCUUAAAUUUCUGAAAACUCUGAAGUGCAGUUUCAUUGAAAUUUCAAUGAAGAGUCUUGGUACAGCCAUCAAAAACUGUAAUCACUUGGAACACAUUGAAGUUUCAUACAGUAAUAGCUCCUUAUCUCAUAUCUUAAAGCAUGUAUCAAAUCCUCGCAGAUGCUCUUUAUCUAUCAGUUAUUGUUCCUUAACAUCAAAGGGAGCAGUAGAGCUUGCAUCUUUGUUGCCAAAGUUUGAACGUGUCAUUCGUCUUUCCCUUUCCUUGGCAAAAUGUUCUGCCGAAGCAGUAACAAGACUGGUUGCCUCUAUCAAGUACAAUACCCUCGAGGAUCUGGAGCUGAGGAAAUAA